CGAGGCAGAGAUACGUCGAAGGCCGUACCUUGACGCUUUGCGGGGUAGAUAGCUUAUCUGCUGCCCUACCAUUCACGACCUCUCCAUUGCCCAUCGCAUGCUUGCCGUUGGGCCAUAAAAGUGCCGCCAAUUCUCGCUUGCCAAGGGACGACUCUCCACCCAAUUCCCCUCCCCUCUUCGCUUCUCUGCCGCCUGCAAGCAAGACGGCAAGCAACCGAAAGCAAUUAGACACUCAUCACUUAUCGAGAUCAGCCAUGUCGCCAGCCUCGGACCUGCAACAAGACCGUGAGCGCUUCGAAAAGGAAAAGGACCUCAGCAGCAAGUCGGAAGUCGACGUGCCCGAAGUCGCGAUGCAAAAGGACCUCGCCGUACAGACCGACGAAGAAGCCAAUGUUCCCGCUGGUGGCGAAGACGUCUUCAAAGUCGGCGGGGAAGGAGCUGAUUUCAGAGGUGUCUCGAUGUUUGGCGCCGCCAUACUCGUCGUAAAGACGUCCUUCGGUCUUGGUGUGCUUGGCAUCCCGACGACAUUCGCAGCUCUCGGCUUCUUCCCCGGCCUGCUGUGUCUCGUCAUCUUAAGCAUCGUAUCGACUCUUGCUGGUUGGUACAUCGGUCGCUUCCGUUUGCAUCAUCCGUCGGUGCAUUCCAUCGGCGACGUCGGUUUCCUUCUCUUUGGAGAGGCCGGGAGAGAGUUCCUCGGCGUCUCGCUUUGGCUCUUUUAUACCCUCAGCUACGGCUCGGGCGCUUUGGCAACAUCAAUUGCCUUUAAUUCGAUCACCGACCACGCCACAUGCACCAUGGUCUGGGUCGUCGUCGCUGCCAUCAUCGCCUUUGUCAUUGGAAGCAUGCUGCGGACUCUCAAGUCGCUCGUCUGGCUCGGAUCUGCCGCGAUCGUCUCUGUCUUUCUUGCCGUGUGGAUCGCUGCCAUUGCCAGUCUGGUGCUCAAGCGACCGGCCGCAGCGCCCGCCUACCCGGCACCCGUCGAACUGAACAACGGUCCAUUCGCAAGCAGCACGAGCUUUGCUGCCGUCAUGGCCGCCAUCAGCACCCAGCUCUUCUCUCUCUGCGGCACCGCUUCUUUCUUCCAGAUCCACUCCGAGAUGAGGGACCACCGUCAGUGGACGAAAUCGCUCUGCCUGGGACAGGGCUUCGUCUGCUUGAACUACAUCGCCACCAGCGUCAUCAUCUACGCCAAAGUCGGUCAAUACGUGCCCUCGCCACUGCUGGGCGUCGGCGGUGAGGUCGUCAAGAAGGUCGCCUACGGCAUUGCCCUGCCGGCUCUUCUCUAUACAUGCAUCUUCCAAGCCCACAUUGCCGCCAAGUACGCCUUUGUGCGCAUCCUCCGCAACACCCGCCACCUCCAGUCCAGCACAAAGAUCCACUGGCUCACCUGGGUCGGCUCCAUGACGGCUGUGUGCAUCUUCGGCUUCAUCGUCGCCUGCGCCGUGCCCUUCUUUGGCGGCCUGCUCGGCCUCAUUGGCGCGCUGCUCGGCACCACGUUCAUGAUCACCGUGCCCGCCCUGAUGUACCUCUACGAUGCUGCAUUCCUGGCCAAGGGCAGCGAGCACGGUUUGCGAUACAAGGUUCACACCUGGCUUCGCCAUGGUCUCUCUAGCAGGCCCCUCUAUGGCCUCAUUGCCAUCUUCUUCGUCGUCGCUGGCCUCUUUAUCACCGUGGCCUCGACCUACGGCUCCAUUGACGGCAUCGUCGAGUCGUUUGAGACAGGGUCCAACGGCGCCGCCUUCAGCUGCGUCAACAACGCGGGCAGCUGAUCGGCCGCUGCUCUUUCCUCUCCGUCUCAAGCUUUGUGUUCUGUUUGUCUCAUUUUACUGUACCAUACCACGCCAAUUACCCCCUUUCACUUUCAG